GGCAGGCCACCUUUCUGUUUGACUCCAGUGAAGAAGGACUGACAUUCUUUUCCUUUCCUGAUUCUCAGUUGUUAGGCGUUUCUGAAUGGAUUCCAGUGAAUUUCCUGGGUCUUUGGGGCCCCUGUCUCUGCGCAAUAAGCCACUGAUUGGGGAUCUCCCUGCAGACCUGGAGUUCGGAGAGGAUCUGCUAGCCUCCCAAACAGCCUCCAUUCCACAGGCAUCAACUCUUCAGUCCCAAGAGAUGGAGUGGGAGGUGCCUAAACAAGCAACCUCAGAUGGCAGCUUGGACCUUGGUGUGGUGAAAACAGGUGACCUGUCCAGUCUAAGCAAGUCAAAUAGUUUGGCCCUCAGUAAGUCCAGCACUUUGGAUAUUCUGGAGAAGCCUGGCCUUUUGGAUAGCUUGAGCAAAGGAGAUGACCAGGAGGUGCUAGAUAAGUCGGAGGACCUUGAUGGCUUAUACAAGGCACGUGGGUCUGUGGACCCAGAGAAUGGGGCUGAAGACCCUUCUGCACCGGGAACCGAAGCCUUGGUGCCUGAAGCUUUGAAAGAAGAAGGGGUAUCAAAAGCAGACAGGGAAGGCCUUGAGGAGAACCAAGCAGAGCACACAGGGUGUCCUCCGAACAGCUCCGCUGAGGACUCCCCUGAGGUGGUGGAGGUGAGCAGUGUGCCGCCUUCACAAGAAGGAACAGCCUCACCGGGCAGCUCCCCAACGAGCCCACGGCUGGCUAAGAAACCCCGGUUGAAAUCCCCCAGGAAGAGCUCCCUGGGGCAGAAGGAAGAAGUUUUGACAUCAGCAGAGGAGGGAAAGGAACCCACUCCGAGCAGCACUCCCGAGCCUGCACCGGCACCUCCUCCUGAAGUAGCAGAGGGAAGUCUCACUGCAGCAAAGAAAGAAAGCGGCCCAAAAGAAGCUGCGAAAGCACGAGACACAGAACCCCUGCCCUCACUCGCAGGGGAAGGUGCUGGUGCGAAGGGAACCGAGCCACCUGUUGAAAGGGAGCAGAAGAGGAGUGAGCGUGCCAGGAGGGCAGAGGUAUCUCGGCCAGAAACGGUCAACUCUUCGGAGAGCAUCCCUGUCUCUGAUGAGGACUCGGAUGCCAUGGUGGACGACCCUAAUGACGAGGACUUUGUCCCCUUCCGUACCCGGCGCACCACCCGCAUGUCUCUGCGCAACCAGGUGGCCCAGCGGGCCGCCCGCUCCACCGUCACCAAGAUGACCUGCGCCAACUGCCGCACGCCGCUGCAGAAGGGCCAGACGGCCUACCAGCGCAAGGGCCUCCCCCAGCUCUUCUGCUCCAGCACCUGCCUCACCGCCUUCUCCAAGCGCCCCCUCAGCAAGAAGAGCUGUACUUUCUGCAAGAAGGAGAUUUGGAACACCAAGGACUCGGUCGUGGCCCAGAUCGGCUCAGGCAGCUCCUUCCAUGAGUUCUGCACUUCGGUUUGCCUCUCGUUGUACGAAGCGCAGCAGCAGCGGCCAGCCCCACAGGCAGCUGAAACCUCUGACUCCAUCCGAUGCAGUGUGUGCUACAAGACCGGAGAGAUCCAGCAUGAAGUGAGUAAUGGCAAUGUGGUGCACCGCAUCUGCAGCGAUGCCUGCUUCACUAAGUUCCGGGCCACCAAAGGGCUGAAAACCAACUGCUGUGACAACUGCGGUCUUUACCUGUACAACAAGGGGCUGCCCUUGGAGUAUCUCUUUCACGAGGGGCAGCAAAAGCGCUUCUGCAACACCACUUGCCUCAACAACUACAAGAAGAAAAACACCCGGGUCUAUCCGUGCAUGUGGUGCAAGACGCUCUGCAAGAACUUCGACAUGCUGUCCCACAAAGACCGGAAUGGCAAGACGGGUCUCUUCUGCUCUGUCUGCUGCACCACUUCGUAUAAAGUCAAGCAGGCAGGACUGACAGGACCCGUUCGGCCUUGCAGUUUUUGCCGGAAGAGCCUGUCUGAACCCUGCUAUUACAACAAGAAUAAGCAGGUGGUGUACCAGUUCUGCAGCCCCAGCUGCUGGACCAAAUUCCAGCGCUCCAGCCCGGAAGGUGGGAUCCACUUGACCUGCCAUUCCUGCCACAACCUCUUCACUGGGAAGCCCGAGAUCCUGGACUGGCAGGACAAAGUCUACCAGUUCUGCUGCCGUGACUGCUGCGAGGACUUCAAGCGGCUGCGUGGCGUGGUGUCCCAGUGUGAGCACUGCAAGCAGGAGAAGCUGCUGCAUGAGAAGAUCCGCUUCUCCGGAGUGGAGAAGAACUUUUGCAGCGAAGGGUGUGUGCUUCUUUACAAACAGGAUUUCACCAAGAAUCUGGGCCUUUGUUGCAUCACCUGCACGUACUGCUCCCAGACCUGCCAGCGAGCUGUCACCGAGCAGCUGGAAGGCAGCACCUGGGACUUUUGCAGCGAUGAGUGCAAAAGCAAAUACCUGCUCUGGUACUACAAGGCAGCUCGGUGCCACGCUUGCAAGCGGCAGGGGAAGCUGUUGGAAACGAUUCACUGGCGAGGUCAAAUCAAGCAUUUCUGCAACCAGCAGUGUCUGUUGAGGUUUUACAACCAACAGAAUCAGCCCAACCUGGACACCCAGAAAGGGCCUGAGAGUCUGCUGAACAGUCAGACCCCAGAGCCAAAGCAGCCCUCUGCCACCACUCAGAAAGCAGAGCCCAGCGUGGGGACUGCCAAGGCCACCCCCCCCUCACCGGCGUCAGCUCCCCCCCUGCCACCUCAGCCAGUCACCCCCCGGAAGAACAAGGCAGCCAUGUGCAAGCCUCUCAUGCAGAACCGAGGGGUUUCAUGCAAGAUAGAGAUGAAGUCCAAGGGGUGCCAGACAGAGGACGACUGGAAGCCUCAGGUGAUUGUGCUGCCAAUCCCGGUGCCAGUCUUCGUGCCCGUGCCCAUGAACAUGUACUGCCAGAAAGUCCCGGUGCCUUUCUCCAUGCCGGUCCCAGUUCCUGUGCCAAUGUUUCUGCCCACCACCCUGGAGAGUACGGAGAAAAUUGUGGAGACGAUUGAGGAGCUGAAGGUGAAAAUCCCUUCCAAUCCCCUGGAAGCAGACAUCCUGGCCAUGGCCGAGAUGAUUGCGGAGGCCGAAGAGUUAGACAAAGCCUCAUCAGACCUGUGCGACCUGGUGAGUAACCAGAGUGCAGAGGGCCUCCUGGAGGACUGCGACCUUUUUGGGCCAGCCCGGGAUGAUGUGCUGGCCAUGGCGGUCAAGAUGGCAAACGUCCUGGAUGAGCCGGGUCAGGACUUGGAGGCUGACUUCCCUAAAAACCCCUUGGACAUCAACCCCAGCGUGGAUUUCCUCUUUGACUGCGGCCUGGUGGGCCCAGAUGACGUUUCUGCAGAUCAAGACUUGCCUCGCUCAAUCCGCAAGGGCCAGAAGCGCCUGGUGCUCUCGGAGAGCUGCUCGCGGGAUUCAAUGAACAGCCAGCCCGGCUGCACAGCCCUCAACUAUUCCUACGGGGUGAAUGCCUGGAAGAGCUGGGUGCAAGCCAAGUACGCGGGGGGUGAAACGAGCAAGGGCGACGAGCUGCGCUUUGGCCCCAAGCCCAUGCGGAUCAAAGAAGACAUCCUGGCCUGUACGGCUGCGGAGCUGAACUAUGGCCUGGCCCAGUUUGUCAAGGAAAUCACCCGGCCCAACGGGGAGCGCUACGAGCCGGACAGCAUCUAUUACCUGUGCCUGGGAAUACAGCAGUACCUGUUGGAGAACAACCGCAUGGUCAAUAUCUUCACGGACCUCUAUUAUCUGACUUUUGUGCAAGAACUCAACAAGAUGCUAAGCGGCUGGCAGCCCACAGUCCUGCCCAAUAAUACUGUUUUUUCCCGCGUGGAAGAGGAGCACCUCUGGGAGUGCAAGCAGCUGGGCGUCUAUUCCCCGUUUGUGCUCCUCAACACCCUGAUGUUCUUCAACACCAAGUUCUUUGGGCUGCAGACAGCCGAGGAGCACAUGCAGCUCUCUUUCACCAACGUGGUGCGGCAGUCGCGCAAGUGCACCACGCCGCGGGGUUCUGCCAAGGUCGUGAGCAUCCGCUACUACGCUCCCGCGCGGCACCGGAAGGGGCGAGAGAGCAGCCUUGGCAAGCGGAAGCGGGAGGAGGAGAUGCCAGUCCUGGAGCAGCGAGAGAACCGCAUGAAUCCCUUGCGUUGCCCAGUCAAGUUCUACGAGUUUUACCUCUCCAAAUGCCCCGAGAGCCUCCGGAGCCGCAACGAUGUCUUCUACUUGCAGCCUGAGCGCUCGUGCAUCGCGGAGUCUCCGCUCUGGUACUCGGUCAUCCCCAUGGACAAAAGCAUGCUCGAGAGCAUGCUGAACCGUAUCCUGGCCGUCCGCGAGAUUUACGAGGAGCACAGCCGUGGGGGUGGCGGCCUGGAUGACGACAUGGACUGACCCAGUCCGCCCGCGCCAUGGGAGAAGGUGGGCUCCGGAGCUGCCCCCCCAGCUGUGGGGACCAGGGGGCAGCUUGCCUGUCAGUCCUUCCCUUUCUGGGUGGAUGGGCACAGAGGACUUUGCCGCCGCCACUUCCAUCCUGGCGAACGGUCACCCAGUGCCUGCGUCCUCCCCAUGCUUCUUGGGGGUCCCUGCUUGGCUGGCCUUGUCUCCUGGCCUCUCGCCCCAGACUGGCAGGGAAGGGGGUUACAGGCUGCUUCUCAACUUGGGAGGGGGAGUUCCCUGGGAGGGCCAAAGGCUGGCUUGAAAGCCCAGACCUCUGCCUGGUUCCAGCCGUGGGAGGGGAGGGGAGGGGAGGGGGCUGGCUCCUGACGGGCACAUUGUCUCGUGGGGGUGCUGCUAGCCUCCUCCCCAUAGAUGGCAGCCUGCACCUUCCGCUGACAUCUGGCCCUGGCCUGCUCCUCUUCCAGGGGGGCAGAGGCUGCCUGGCACCCAGACCCCCCUCCUCCCCCAUCUGUGUGUGUGGCGUUGAACUCUGAGCUAUGGCUGGUGGUGGUGGUGCCGUUCGUUGAGCCUGUAUAUAUAUUGUUCUGGCCCAGCCCCUGCAGUGUCCUUGUCACCAGUGAGCCAGUUGCGGGCCUCAUUGUCGCGUUGUGAUAACCGGGCGUUAGGACCCGCUCCCUGCCCUUCCUGCGUCUCUCUGGAAACCAUUCAUUUCAAAUAAAGGCACAAAACCUCUCUCUUGUUUUGGCUCAUUCCAGCCAGGGAGGAAGGCGUGUUGCUGUGGCCCCAGAGAUGAGCGUAGAGGGAGUUGAGGCCAAGGGGGCAGCCAGCACCCCAGAUCUGCUUUAUGGGGCAUCCAUCUCCCACUAUGCUCUUCUCACCCUUUGGCCGUUAGGGGGCGGCAGGUCACCUCGGAGUUUCCAGAGCCGCCACCGUGGUCUAGUCAAGCCAUGCACCGGCUUUUCCCGAGCUGGUGCCCUCCGGCGGACUUCAGUGGCUGUGCAAGCUGGAAGGAGUUGAAGACCCAGGCAUCUGGUGGCCACAGGUCAGAGGAGGCGUUCCAGCUGCACCUGCCCUUGGGCUGAGAGAGAAGGGCAUCAGGAACGCGGGCAAAGCGUAGCCCCAGCUGGGUGCCCCUCCCACAGGAGCCCUCAUCGCAAAGGCUGCUGGCGUCCAUCCCUGCCCUUCGUUUCCCUUCAUUCAGGAGGCAGCAGUGUGGAGAAGCCUUCUGCGGCAGAGGCAGAGAGAGAAAGGACAGCAGAGGCUCCCUGCUCCAGGGCUGCUCGCUUCCAAGUCUUCCUCCUGGCCAAGCCCACAGCGGGUGAUGGUGGUGAGGCAGCACGUCUGUCUGUGGAGCCUCUCACAAGCGUGGCUACUGUUAAAUGGCCCGGUUUCCCCGUCUCCUUGGAAGGCUGAAUCUGCUGGACUGGCCGCCUCGUUUCUGGAUUCCUGCCCCCAAGUGGAGCAGCUUUGUCCCUUCUCAGCCCAGGUUCCUUCCUCGCUGACCUCCAGAGAGAGGCUAUGGGGAGAACAGCUCAGGUCUUAGGGCAAGUAGAGGCUGACAUUCUGCCUCCAGGGGUGUCUGAGCUGCUGGAGCAACCCCUCCGACCUGCGCGUGGCUGUGGCCAGGGGAUAAGAUCUCCAUGCUGAGCAGGAGAGUUGUACCAUGGCUGGCCUGAAAACAAGUGUUUUCUCCACGGGCCAGGAGAUGUCGCUUUUGACUGGACAGAACCAGCAGAAACGGGGGUAAAGUGGCAGUCAGGAAGUGGGGCCCAGCCAUGAAGCAUCCUUCAAAGAGGGCCUCGCAGAAGAUCCAGCAAACCUGGCUCCUCUCAGGUGGAUCUUGCCUCAGACCCCCUGUGUGGUGGUGGCCCUGAUCCCAAGCCGAGCUGCAGGGCCACCAGGAAGGCCACCACCUUGACCCUCCUUGACCUCCUAGGCACAGUGUGAGAGCAGCCAGUUGACAAAGCUGGGUGUGAAGAGAGCCAAGAAGCAGAUGGGCGAGAGAAGGAAGGCCAGCUGUAGCAGGGCAAUUUAGCCGCAGCCAGCCUCCAUGGCCGCUCCAAGGCAGAUGUGGCAAAUGAGCACAGCCAGCCAGAUGGCCACCAUCUUGCCCAGCUGGCAUGCCCUGUAAGAGAAGGAGAUCUGCUUUGAGGCUCUGGAUGGCAUCUUGGCCUGCAGGAAACAAGCCUGGGUCAAGCUGAGCAGGGAAUGUGAUGGGUUGGUUUGUAGAAGGGGGCGUUGUGCCUCUGAAAUUCACCUGGCAGACAGGAUUCCUGCCCGGGGGGAGAGUCAGUCUGCUGCGGCCUGAAUCUGGGACAAGGUGGCGAGCAGACGUUCUGGAGAACAAGGAAGGAAGGACGGGACGACCGCUGCAUCUGGCCAGGGCUGACUCCAAGUGGCCGUGCUAUCCCUGGACCUGGGCAAGCUGCCAGGGGAGAUAAUGGACAAGCCUACCCCCAAGUCAACCUCAGCUGAGCUGCACAAACGGCGCCUCUUCCAGAGGGUCCAGGAUCGAGCGGGUCCAGUCCUAGGUGGCCUUUCGUCCUGGGAGGUGCAGCUGUCCCGGUGGCACCAUUGUGACCGAGACACUUCAUGGAGUCUGUUCCUUCCAGCGGAGCCGUGGCCUUCCUCGCCCAGCAAGGAAGCUCGGAUGCCCUUGGAGCUUUGCCAAGCUCCCUUUGGCAUUCUGCCACGGUGUCUAUGGCUUCAUCUGCCUUUAUUUCACUGGGGGGAGGCUUGCCUUUAGGUGCUACCCCACAACAAAUGGGGCCUUGCAGCACGCCCUGGGGAAUCCAGGCCAUCCUGCUGGCUUGCGCCUUUAGCCUAAUCUCUGCGGAACUCACAGCCUCUCCUUGGCUGACGAGCCGGGGAUGCCUGGAAUACGCCAGCUUGCUCCCACCCCCACAGGGCGAGGGUCCUCCCUCCUUGCCCCCUUCCUGCCUAGGCCCCCCGGGCAGGAGCCUUUUGCUAGAGCCAUGACCGAGGAAGGGAAAGGAAGAUUCCUCCCACUCGCUUGCUGCACUUCUCGGGGAAACAGUGGCCUGUAAGGAAUUCAACCGGAGAAGGGUCUCCUCUGCUACUGUGCAACUGGAAUCUCCCAGGUAAGGCGACUCUCCGCGUGCUGAGGUGGCACGGUUGCUGUGAGCCAGAGUGAGCAGCUGUGGUGAAAGCUCCAAAGAAAAACCACCGAAGCCAGGACCUGUAAAAUCAUUUUAAUACUGUGACUUGCUUUGGUACAACAAAAUGCAGCCAGCAAUACCAGUCCUCUUGCCGGAAGACGGAAUCCUGCUCGCUGGCCAGGCAGCCCCCUUGACCAGGGAAGGAGCUCUUGGCCCGUCAGCAGCUGCACACCCAGCCAGAGUCGUGUUCUACCUGUUCACGGUACGGGAAUCCUACCACUCAAAACUGACCGACCUGCAUUCCGGGAGGCGGGGGGGCUGCUGCAGACUUGGUUUGGCAGACCCAGGAUAGCAAGUGCAAGGAAAAGAACAUCUGCUGGGCCGGAAAGCACCAGAGGGGAGCAGAGGCAACACUCUGAAUUGCUGGUGCGUUUCAAAAUAACCUUUCUGAAUGUGGCACCGUAGGAUCCUCAGGACUAAAUAGAAAGGUGGAGACUUUCCUUUGAAGACGCAAUACGUGAAU